AUGUCAUUUCUGGGCGACACGAACAGCCAGCUCGUCGGCGAGCGAAUUAGAGACACACAGACACAGUGCAGGAGCAUCCAUGCAAGGCUGGUGGGCUCCAGUGCAUUUUUUUCGCUGGAGGGUCAAGCAACUCCCACGCCCACUUCCUCGCUAAGACUACUCUACUGCUGGAAUAGCUCGGCAGGUCAUCAUCUUCAUGCAAACCUGGCCAUCUUUCAUACAAACCUGGCCAUCGCGAUCCAAAGGUGCUGCUUAGCCACUCGGUCAAGGGAAGACUAUGCCGCAGUAGCUGCGGAUUUAGAAAAUCUUGAAGUCCAGCUUGAUCUUGCCAAUCUGAGGACCUGGUUUCCAAACAACCAACAAGCAGCUUAUUGGACUCCUCGUUCUUCCUUUGACUUUGCCCCUGUCAAAGACUCUACAUGCGCACCUGCCUGUCACAAGCUGACCUACUCUGAACUGCAGCAAGAGCUAGACAACUGCCCUCCCUUUCACAUUUCCAGGACUAAAAGUGAUGUCAAUGUCGCCAUUGUUAUUCCUUCCCAGCAAAUGGCGAAAUUGGCAACCGCUAUUCUCGCCGCCAUGGCUCAAGAUGAUGUGGCUGUGCCCCUUGAUCCUCGUAUGCCUCCUACACGAUUGGUGGAAGCCAUGCAACAGCUGCAUUGCCAAGUAUUGGUGACUACGGAAGCCAUGCUGGACGACCUCCACUGGUUCCAAUGCACGACAGAUGGGUACCAAUUGAAGCACACAAACGAUGAUGAUGAGGAAACCAGUACCUACCUGCAGCACAACCCCCAAGAGACAAUCGUUGCUUCCCUGUCUCGAUCACCACAACAACGAACAAAGUCCCCAAACGAUAUCUCAUUGCUACCACACUCGAACUCAGACAACAAGACUGUAACUGCAAUGCUAUGCCGCUAUUCCACAUUGGAGGAAUCAGUUGCAACCGUUCUGUUGACUGGACCGCUCGAUGAUCCCAAUGCAUUUACGGAUCACUUAUUGACCGUCACAGCACACCAAGACGCAACAAGCUGCAACCGCCCUCAACCAACUUGUGUUCAAAUUGUGGAUGCAGAGACUCGACAAGUCUUGCCGUACUACGACAACUACGACAACUACGACAACUACGACAACGGAGAUCAUGAUGAGUGCAACGUGGGAGAGAUUUGCGUGCGAGGUGUUGGAGUGAUAUCCCAUUACGUGGGUAUGGAUGUCACCAAGACCCACUCUCCUGAUGGAUGGCUUCCCACGGGAGACUACGGAAUGCUGGACCGAAAAGGGCGACUAUUCAUCAAGGAGCGAAGCAAGGAAAUGAUCAAAAGAGGCGGGGAACAGAUAUGGCCCAAUCAAAUUGAUGAUACCAUUGCAAAGGUACCCGGAGUUGCCACUUCUGUUUCAUGA